AUGUCUGAAAGUGAGUUUUUUGGAUAAGCUGGAAAUUGUAGCUAUAAAAUUUGGUUUUCAGAAAAAAACGAGAUGGAUGAUUGGCUAGCAGAUGCUCCGAUGCCACCAGAUGAACCGAUGGAUUACCGACAAGCAUUUAAUCCAUCACAACAGAAUCUCAUCCCAGGACAACCGCCACAAGAACAAUUUCAAAUCCCACCAGUACCGUAUAUCCGAGGACCAAAUUCAGCUUUUGCUGAGGGCUCUAUCCCGGAGUCAGAAUUGCCGCCGAUCACACAGACUCCAGGUCAACCAUUCUUUCAAGCACCUGGUUCUGCAUUUGCUCCAGUUGCUCCCGCAGGACCACAGAUUCCAGCAUUACCUCAAGCUCCGGGAGCACCAUUUCUUCAAGCAACUGGGCCAGCAUCUUCCCAAAUACCAUUGAUGUCUAGCGCACCACUAUUCCAACCACUCGGUUCAACCAGUUCUACAUUGAUUCCUGGAUUGCCUAACACACAAAUCCCAGGCCAACCAUUUUUACAAGCUCCUGGAUCAGCUUUUGCUCAAGUUCCCAUGGCGGGACCACCGAGUUCACAAAUCCCAGGAUUGCCUAGCACACAACCUUCGACAGUACCAUUUCUUCAAGCUACUGGCUCGGCGUUUUCUCAAGUUUCCUCCACACCGGGACCAUUGAAUUCUCAACUACCAAGUUUGUCAAACUCAGCGCCAUUUCUUCAAGCUCAUUUUGCUCAAGUUCCCCCCACGGCGGGACCAUCGAGUUCACAAAUACCAGGAUUGCCUAGCACACAAACUGCAUUAGCACCGUUUCUUCAAGCAACUGCGUCAGCGUUACCAGUUCCACCGCCAAUAAACUCGCAAGGAUUUCCCAAUUUGCUGAGCUCAUUUCCACCAGGACCUGAUUUUUUUCAAACUCAAAUUCCGGCACCUUCAAGUUCACAGGCAAUUGUCCCAGCUCAACUGCCAAGUGCUAACACUUCAUUUUUUCAAACGCCAGUUUUGACACCAUCAAGCACACCUGGAACACCAUAUUCUCAAGUACCUACCUUUUUCCAACCGGCAAUCCCAGGGCCUCCAAAGCCACUGCCAGCUCCAAACAUGGAAGUCGCCUUCAAGGCUCCAACUCGAAAACAAAAGAGCUCUCGAGGACAAGCUCCGAAGCAAAUGCAAUCGCAACCUUCGUAUCAAGGAACCCCAGCGUAUUCCCAGCCAGGAUACUCUCAGAAACCGGGUCAACAUUUUUCACAACCAGGGCCGUCAUAUUCACAGCCGGGUUCAUCUCGAUCUCAAAAACCAGGACCAUCAUACUCGCAACCUGGACCGUCAUAUUCUUCUCAAAAACCAGGCCAGAACUUCAGCGAGCCCGGACCGUCGUAUUCACAACCAGGACAAUCGCAUUCUCAAAAACGUGGCCAUAAAUCCUCGCAACCCGCCGGACCAUCGUAUUCUCAAAAACCUGGCCAAAAUUUCUCCGAACCAGGACCAUCGUAUUCUCAAAAACCUGGCCAAAAUUUCUCCGAACCAGGGCCAUCGUAUUCUCAGAAACCUGGCCAAAAUUUCUCCGAACCCGGACCAUCGUAUUCUCAGCCAGGACAAUUUUUUGAUGUUUAUGAUGGGCCAGUUCCAGUUUUCAAAAGCAGACCUUAUUAUGGAUUAGAUCACUUGUGAGUUUCUUAAGUUUCAGAAUUUUCUAUUCAUGAUUUUUUUACGGAAUUACUGUAUCUCACUAGAAAAUAGUCUAAACAAUGUUUAUUUAAAAAAAUUUCAAUUUUGAAGGACACAAGACGACGCUCCGAAUUUCGAUGUCUCGAGAAGAUUAGAUCACGAAGAAGAUAGCAACGAUGAUGAUCGGGAAACGAAUCCGGCACAAAAAUCGCUUCCAUAUGUAUUCGAGCCGCCAGAAGAUGAGAGUGAUAUUAUUGAAGUUCAUCCAAUGCCCGGAUGUGAACCUGAUGAUUUUUCUUGGAGAGUUUCACCACCACCAAGAUCGUCGUAUAUGGAUGAAGUUUGGGUUAUUGCGUAUUAUUUUGAGGAGAAUGUUAGAGUGAGUGGGUUUUGUGUCUUAUAAAACUCGACGAGCUGAUGACGAUGCUAUGAAGAUUAACUGCUGAGCUCUAUGUUUAUUAAAAUUUUAAUUUUCUAAAAAUAUAAAAUUGGCCAAAAUAUUCCGAAAAAAACUAGAUUUUCUAAACUCUAUAAAAUUCUACAAAACAAAAUCUUAUAUACAUAUUUUGAUUUCAGAUUGGUGGAAUGUUCUGUUCAACUAGACCCGAAUUCGUAAUCGAUGGUCUCGUCGCACCUUGGACCGACAGACAAAUGUCAAUCGCGUUCCCUCCAAUUCAUACAUCAUACUCAAAAUGCUCAGUGGUUCGAUUCGUAUUUGGUCCAGGAAUUCUAGUUCAACGUGAAAACAAAAAAGUGAAAAUGACUUUACGAACUGAAAGCUCAAUAUUUUUGCAAUGCCCUCAAUUAGCUUUGAUGAAUGGUGAAGUAUGGAAUACGGUUUAUCGAUUUAAAAAUGAGCCAGGAAAGAAGCAAACUGAAAUUAUUAUUUUUGAUGAGGAGUAUUUUGAUAACAUGCUUGAAAAACGCAAGAAAUUUUUGAAUGAUGAUUUUUAUGAGUUACAUGUGAGUUUUUUCAAAUUUUAAUUUUUCUGAACAUCAAAUUUUUGCAGACACAUUGUAUCUGCCGUUUCUCAAUAGCUAAAGGUUUCGCUGGCGAUUACCCGCGAAAAACAAUUACCGACACACCGUGCUGGAUUGAGAUUUAUCAUGCUGAAAAACUACGAGAAUUUGACAGGAUUUGGUUUUCUGACAAACAAAUUGUUGUUGAUAAUGUUGAUGAUAUUUAA